UGGAUUUAAGAGAUAACGAUGAGCAUUUUACUGUCUCCUGUGAGGAGGCAGGAGCUGGAUCCCAUGGCAACUGACACAUCUCCUAUGGUAACGAACAUGACCCCAGUGGAAGAGCCCGAGGGUAAUGGAAGCUUGAAGACGCUUGACUCCAGCCAGCGCUAUGAGAAGCCUCCUCCACUUCACACAGGGGCAGACUGGAAGGUGGUUCUUCAUCUGCCAGAGAUAGAAACCUGGCUCCGCAUGACAUCAGAGCGUGUUCGAGACCUUACCUAUUCCGUACAGCAAGAUUCUGACAAUAGGCAUGUCGAUGUGCACUUAGUGCAGCUGAAGGAUAUAUGUGAGGAUAUUUCGGAUCAUGUGGAGCUGAUCCACGCCCUGCUGGAGACGGAAAUUUCACUCAAGCUUCUAUCCUACUCGGUCAAUGUCCUCGUGGACAUCCACACAGUUCAGCUUCUGUGGCACCAGCUCCGUGUGUCAGUACUCGUGCUCCGGGAGAGAAUUCUACAGGGCCUACAGGACUCGAAUGGGAACUACACCAGGCAGACUGACAUUCUUCAGGCUUUCAGUGAGGACAGGAAAGAGACCUGUCUAGACUCUCUGACGGAAGUUGACGACUCAGGUCAGCUGACCAUCAAAUGCUCUCAAGACUACUUAUCUUUGGAUUGUGGAAUCACUGCAUUUGAGCUGUCUGACUACAGCCCCAGUGAGGACUUACCGUGUGAUUCAGAGGCCAUGACCUCUAGCUCGUUUGCCUGCUCAAAGUCCAAAUCCUUCGGCCAUUGGAACUGUGUUGAUCUACAGAAAGGAUUUCCAGAGCUGGUCGGCAGUGUGGGGCUACUCUCUGUAGCAAACAGCCAUUCCUGUUCCAAGCAAGAGGAAAGUAAGACAAGUGAGGAAACCCAACUGACUCCUGUGGAUUGUCAGUCUUCUCCAGUGGAUAGGAAAGACACUGCAGACACCAAUACAUCACUUAAAACACCACUACUGGCUUCACAAACCUCUCCUACAGAGAACGGGAACAGAAAGAGUUUCAAUGAGAAGCCUGUCACAGGAACCGAUGAUUUGGUCAGGAAGAGACACAACCAAGUGCGUUCCUCGAGUGCAAAAAGCAGCCAGUGUGAAAGCUCAACACCUAAAAGGUCAAUAAAAGAUUGUUUCAAUUAUAACGAAGAGUCCCCUACGCAACCUUCGCUGCCCAAAAGAGCUUUGUAUUUUGAAGAAAAGUCUAAGGAUGACAUGGACGUCAACUGCUGCAGAACAUCACCCACUGUGCUCUUACAUAAAGCAGAAAUGAGCAAAAGUACACCUUCUCUACUUGAUCCACCAGACAAAUCCAAACUCUGGCUGGACUUGGCUUCACCUUACCCAAGCGCUGCCAGUUACUCGUACAAUGCCUUGAACAACAUGGGGAAUAAACAUGGAAAUCAGAGGGUUGUCCCUUUCCAACACAAUUCAAAAAAACAAGGUGUACGCCAAAUUAAAUCGCCUGACAAAAAUCAAACAAAGUCUUCAACUGUUAAUGGAUCCUUUGACCUUCACAAAGGAACUCCUCGUGGGCAAUCUAGCAGUGCCUGUACACUGAGCUCACCUCAAUACUCUGGAGAGUCGACAGCACAAAAUAGCAUCUUGCCUGUAUUCAAAGCUCAGAGCAACGGCUUCUCAUCGUCUAGACAGGCUUCUCCAUAUCAGAAGGAGUCACAAACCAUUGUUAACAUGGAUCCAUAUCACUCACCACAUACUAAACCUUCCAGUGGUGAAAAAUCUAAAUACAAUGAGAUUUGCAACUCAUUUAACUCCCAGAUUCUUGCUACUCAGAGCAAGGACAGUCAUGAGCAAGCUGUUCCAUCUGCAGAGCUUCAAAAGCGGGAGUUAAAUAUUGGAUCUAAAAGUAAGUCACCUGAGAGUGAAAGUAUGUACGCAGCAACUGUUACAAAGGUGCCUUCGCAUACUCCGCACGGGUCAUCCAUGGCAGAAUCACUGAGUUUUCUCCCCACCGUGUCUUUGCAGCAACAGAAAAGGACAGCGAGCACUUUGAGCCCCAGUGAAACUGCUGCAAGUGAUAGAAAGGAGAUUUGGUUUGGAUCAGACGAGUAUCUAGCACUUCCAUCCCACUUGAAAAAAACUGAACUGUUGGCUUUAAAGCUGGAGAAUGUGACGAAGCUGUUGUCACACACACCAAUGGGGGGAAUUCUGCAAAACAUUGAUGACUGGGAGCUUUCGGAAGCCAAUUCUGUAAGCGAGCUCUGCCCACCAUUUCACACCAAAAACAGGAGCAGGAAAGAGUUCCUUGAGACUGGAACAAUCUCUCCCUCUUCCUCCGGUGAUGUGGCUCCUUCCAUAGAGGACAGCAUCGAAUCGGGACCACUCAGUGACAUCCUAUCAGAUGAUGAGCUGUCCAUCGCAGAAGUUGGUGCUGCCCAUGACUCCAGACCCCACUUCCCACACCAUUGGCUGACACAGCCAGCAGAGAAGGUCUCAGCUUCUACUCCAAAUAUAUUGUCUCUGGUUAAACAGCUGCAAGAAGACAUUCAGCACCAAGAGAAUAACGCAGACAUAUGGGGAAAAAUUGAGGGCUUUGUAAAUAAGCUUGAUGAAUUAAUUAAUUGGCUGUAUGAAGCCUUGGAAACAACAGAGAACUGGACCCCUCCGAAAGCAGAUACUGACAGCCUCAAACUUUACCUGGAAACCCAUCUGAGUUUUAAACUAAAUGUAGACAGUCACUGUGCCCUUAAAGAUGCAGUUGUUGAAGAGGGCCAGCAGCUACUGGAACUCAUUGAAUCACAGGAAUCCGGAUUGAAGGGCAUGCUGCAGAUGAUUACAAGUCAAUGGCAGGAGCUACAGAGACAAAUCAAACGACAGCACAGCUGGAUUCUUCGAGCUCUGGACAUAAUCAAAGCUGAGAUAUUGGCAACUGAUGUGACUGUGGACUGCGUGGAAGGUCCUGGGUGUCCCAAAGGUGAGAUACAGCUUAUCAAUUUGGAAACCAGACGAGAUGCUGUGGAACAGAUGUCACUGAAGUUGUACAGUGAACAGUACACAAGCAGCAACAAACGGACCCAGGAGUUUGCUGCAUUGUCAAAAGUCAGCCGUAUAGGUAUUAACAGCCUUCUGGACUUUGAAUCAGAACACCAGGAGCUCUGGGAUUGGCUGAUUGACAUGGAAUCCAUAGUGAUGGACAGCCAUGACCUGAUGAUGUCAGAAGAGCAGCAGCAGCAUCUUUACAAGGGUUACAGCAUGGAAAUGUCAAUUUGGCUUCCUAAGAAAAUACAGUUGCUAAAUAAGGUUGAAUCACUGAAGCAAGAUGGCAGCUCAUUAUCGAGCAACUUCCUUGAAAAAGUAGAGAAAAUUAAAGAAAAAUGGGAUCUGUUAGAGAAAACCCUUGGAGAGAAGACACAGGACAUGGUAGUGGGGCCAAAUGGGGCAGGCCCACGUGAUCUCCUCUCGCCUGAGAGCAGCAGCCUGGUGAGGCAGCUGGAGGUCAGGAUCAAAGAACUCAAAGGCUGGAUGAGAGAUACCGAGCUUUUCAUCUUCAACUCCUGUCUGCUGCAGGAAAAGGAAGGAACAAUGGACACCCAGAAAAAACUGCAGUAUUUCAAGUCACUGUGCUCUGAAAUUAAACAACGACGGCGUGGGAUAAUAUCCGUACUGCGUUUAUGCCAACGUCUCCUUGAUGACACAGAUGCCUGCUGUUUGGAUGCUGAUCGUCAGUCAAUGCAACUUAUUAUUGUGAACCUGGAAAGAAGAUGGGAAGCGAUUAUCAUGCAAGCAGUGCAAUGGCAGAACAGACUGCAAAGGCAACUAGGGAAAGAAAAGAUCUUGUUAAGCUGCAUUGAACCGGGUUCAAUGGAUUUAAACGUCUUUGGUGAAGAUUUGCUGGAAUGGGAUGAGACUGACAUGAGUAAUAACCUAAUUGGUAUCCAAGAUGAGAUACCGGACCUUGCUCGUGAACAAAAUAGCACACCACAAUUAUCACCUGAACCUUUGGAAAGUAUUGCUGAUGAAUUUAUGCUAGAUCAAUAUAGCAGUGGCCCUGGUGAAUCACUGUAUAGUCCUGGUGAAGCUCCUUCCUCUUCAGGUCCACGCUUCUAUCAAGCCUACAAUCUGCAUAGUGUGCAGUUCUAUGGAAGAGAUCGGAUGACAUGCUUCAAAAAUAUCCCAGAGCUCCCCACUUCAAAGUAUCCGAACAGUUUAGUAAGGAGUACAAGUAAAGAUUCAUCAUUUUCAUCCACCGACUCAUUACCAGAUCUGUUAGGGGGCUUGACUCCAGUAAAAGAAGACAAACCAACAUCGCAGGGGCCUUCUGAGAGUGAGAGUGGAAUUGUCAGUGAGGGUGAUACAGAAACUGCAACAAACUCUGAAACCUCUCUUCCAAAUCAAGUUGAUCAAUCUCAGAUUCGCAUUACUACUAAACCACUGCACCCCCUAAUAGAAUUAAAACAUAAGGAUUGUCCGAUUAGAUCAUGCAUUUGUAAAAGACAGGGUUCUGUUGAAAAAAAGGAAGGAACGAAUUCAGCAACAGAACAAAGAACAAAGAAUGAAGUUGAAUCAACAAAAAAUCUUCAGUCACUGUCUAUGAAUAAUGAAGGAAAUUUACAGCCCCUUGAUAUUAAUAAAAUCACUCCAAAGGGUAUUUCAAAUGAUCUAGAGGCACAAUAUGAUGUAUUUACAUUUUAUGACUAUUCUUAUCUGCAGGGCCCUGAGCUUGAGUUAACUAUGACUAUAACUCACUCACCUGAAGAAAAAGCUACAGAUGGCAGCAUGUCCUCCAAGCCACAUUCUGCUGAAUAUAUUUGUAAAAAUAAACUAUCAGCUCCAGAAUCUAAACCAGACUGUAGCAAACCAGAAAGGAGUGCGCCAGCGGUAUCGGCAGGCAAUCCUAAAACCUAUUAUAGUAAAGUACCUGAUGUCAGAGUAUCUCUAGAUGUUACAAAUGAUAAAGAAUUUACAUUUUUGUCUCAGGGGUCAUCAGUGGAAUCGUUCUCCAUUGCUGGUGAUAUAUUCCAACUUGGACCCAGCAGCUAUAAAAAUGAAUGUCUUCAACGCAGUACUUCCUUAGAGAGCUGGACCAUUCCAUACAAAGGCACAGAAGAGUUAUUCAGUCAUCAUGGGUCAGGAGAUAUCAGUAUGGGUAGUGAUUCCGUAGGAGAGCUAAGUAAGAGGACACUAGAUCUUUUGAAACGAUUAGAAAACAUUCAAACACCAGUAAGUCCGAAAAUGAAACGCAGUAUUUCUGACAUCACACUGCAGAGUAACUCCCAAAAAAUGUCGUUCACUGGCCAGCUGUCACUUGAUGCUGCAUCAUCUGUCAAUGAAGAUUCUGCUGCUUCUCUGACAGAACUAAGCAGCAGUGAUGAGCUCUCUUUGUGCUCUGAAGACAUAGUUGUUCAUAAAAAUGAAAUUUCAGAUUCCAAUGCAUUGUUCAAAAAACAUACCAAUCACUCAGUGACUGACGAAGCUGAUGUCAAUAUAAGUAUGAUUGUCAACGUGUCCUGUACUUCUGCUUGUACAGAUGAAGAAGAUGAUAGUGAUUUGCUUUCCAGCUCGACCCUUACACUAACUGAAGAAGAACUGCACAUCAAAGAUGAUGAUGACUCUAGCAUUGCCACAGAUGAUGAGAUUACUGAAGAAAGUAAUAACAUCUUAGACGGUAACUAUAUGAGGAGUGAAUUUCAUCACUGGCUUAAACCAAACUUUUCUGUCACAAAGGAAAAGAAGAAAUUGGACCCAGGUGAAAGAGUUCAGUGCAGGAAAGAGUCAAGUAGUACUGGGUUAUCCACUCUUAAACAUAUUUCGAGUCUUUAUCCAUUUUUAAACAGUUCUGGAUUGUUGCUGCCAGAAUGUAAAGAAAAGGCAAAGAGCACCUCACUCUGUCAGAGAGAGAGGCAUUUUAAACAAACCAGUAUGGCCCCUGUGAAACAUUUCUGUACUGACAAUUUAAGUGAUGAUGUAGAGAAUGGCAAUGUGGCAAAAUGUCCACUGAAGGGCAAGAAAGAACUGAAAGUUUUAGACAGCAAAAGACAGCAAAAUGAAAAGGAGGAAUACACUAGCAAGACCCACAAUACAAAAUGCUCUAAAUUUGAAUUCUUUAGUCGUCCAGGGCAACAAAAAACAGACAUUUCUACCACCUCGUACAUUCCAGCCCAGUUUCCCACACAAUCUCCACAAAGGAAUGAAUGUCAUGCAUGUUUGGAAGACAAUGGGAGUGUGAAGCAAGUUUUACCUUCCUUUGGGUUUGAUUCUGAUGAUGAGAUUAUUUUCUCAGGAAAGCCUGUAAAAUAUGAUGUUGAUGUAUCAGAUGGGAAAAUAGCUCCAACAUGUGAAAAUAAGCGAAAAUGCCAACAUGAUGACACUAGUGCAGAAUUACUGUAUAAUUGCCAUGGUGAUGAAAAUAUUACCAGUGAAGUUUCAGCUGAAAAGUCUGAUGCUAUGUUGUGCUCAUCUCAUCAUAAAUGUGAAAAUAAACAGUUGGAAGAAGCUAACAAAGGUGAUACCAAUAUUUGUUCAAGUUGUAUCUGCCAUUCUGAUAUUCCUCAGGGUAUUGAUGGUGAAGAAGACAGUUCCGUUCACAAUUUUGUGAUGGAGAUAAUUGAUAUGGCAUCAUCAGCCUUGAAAAACAUAUCGCAGCAUGACUCUGACAUUACCAGCCCAACAUCAGUGGCUCAGAUUAAGGAAAAAGUGUUAGAACAUUCUCACCGACCUUUGCAGCUACGAAAAGGGGACUUUUAUUCUUAUUUGUCCAUCUCAUCACAUGACAGUGACUGUGGUGAGGUGAACACUUGUAUAGAUGAGAAAAGCACCACUCCGCUUCCUUUGGAUUUCAGUGAUGAGUUCAGGCCAGAUAACAAUGCUGAGGAAGAAGCCUUUCUCGAUGAAGAUUUUGAAGAAAAAUGUACUGAUGAUCCAUGUGUAUUCAUUUCUACACUUCAAAAAGAGGCACUUUUAGAUCGAGCUCCAUAUUCUUUGACCAAACCCAUAUCAUUUCCUGACAGGAAACCACUGUCACUGCCAAAUGACAGACUGGAAGUAAUAGUGCCAAAAGUUAUUCAUGCAACACCAAAUGAUCAGAAGAUAUUGUGUGAAAGAAAUCUAAUUAAAACAAACAAAAUUAGUCAUAAUAUAAAAACACUUUUAGGCAUCACUGGUCAAGUAGGUCAUAAAUCUGAAGACAGUAUUGCUCCAUCUCUAGAGUGCCAUAUCGAGACUCCAUACAUUAAUCCUUUGCUGCUUAAAAAUCAGAUGGACAAUAUAGAGUGUUCAUCAGAGGAUGAAUCAAUUUUUUCUACAUGUAAAAUUGAAAUGCCUGAAUCCAACUAUACUCAAUUAAAUAUUGAAGAAACUGAAAAUCGUAAGUCAGUGAAACAGCCUCAUGAAAUGAGAAGUAAUCUAGUGAAGGACACACAGCCAAAUGACAGUCAUUUUGAAAAAUCUGGAGACAAUCUGUUUAUUAGCACUAAAAUCCAAUUCCCACAACAUGGAUAUCCUGAGUAUGAAAAUUGCCAAGAAACGGAAUGUAAAGUGGAAGACAAGCUUUACAAGAAAGAGAAUAAUGACGAUCGCGGGUUUAACUUGUCUCAAGAAGAGAUUCCUACCUCUUCAAAAUUUAUAACGGAGAAACCCAAGAAGGCUAAGAACAGCAGAACCACUGCUGACAACCUUACCGUGUGUCCUUCCCAUCAUAGCGAAUCUCUGCAUGACUCUCAUGCUGCAAGAUCUGUGCCCAAGAGGUCAGUAGCAGCAAAGCAAGAUCAAAGGCAAAGAAAUCUGGCUGUAUCCUUGCUCCAUUUUUGUCUACCUAUUCCUAAGGUAGCCUCUAAUCUUAUUCAACCAUCCUCUUCCUCACUGAUAUCCAAGUCCAGCUCUUUCCAAAUGCGAGUUUUUCAUGCAGGUGUGGUAAUCUGGUUGCUUCUGCUGAUCCUUUGUAUGGCAGUUGCUAUUACUCCCUUGUUUGUAAUACCAUCAGAUUGCAGCAAAGUUCGGCUGUUUUCUUCUUCAUGGACUCCUGUCCUAAGCUACCUCCAAGGACCCCCUCCAUUCUGACCUACAGUUUAUUAAAUGUCCUGCUUUUUGUGGCAAUAGGCAUUUUUUGAUAUCUAAAGGAAUAUUAUAGCAUUUGCAUUUACAAUGAUACCAAGGUGUAAUUUUAUUUCAAUUUCUGUAAUGGCAUUUCAUAUGAAUGCAUUUGGAGUAUAUCAGAGUAAUACUUGGAAAUUAAUGGGGCAAUGUGUCAAUUCGAAAUUAAAAAAAUGUUUGUCAUGUGCACACACACACACACACACAUAUGCAAACAAAUGACAUUGGCCUAGUUGUGUUAACUGUGCUUAAUUUGUCAAGCAGAGCCCUGGAUUUUAUUUAACAAUUUAUCUUUAAUUAUUAAAAUAUGGCAAGUAGCAUAUUAGUUAAAAGAGAAAUCUGAAGUUCAUAUUGAGUAUCAAUUAUAAUAUAUUGAUACAAACAUGUAAGCAAAGUUAAAACAAUACCAACAUAGAAUUCAUAGAUCAAAUCUAUGCAAUACUGAAACUUAAAAAAAGUAAUUGAAAAAAUUGCUGCAUAUUGAAAUUACAGGCAUUUCAUUUGGUUCAGUACCGUCAUUUUCUUAUUUGCUCUAUAAAAGGGAAAAAGAAAGAAAUGUUUUAACAAUGUGUGCCUUGCUGUAUUUCUUAUACUUUUGUUAAAAAAGCUGCUUUUCCCUAAAGAAGUUGGUUUAAAGAUAUGGUAUAGCAAGGUUAGGCUGUGUGUAUAAUUUCUGUACAUAUGUACAAGAAAAUGCUAACAUUGGUGUAUAUGAUAUACAAUGCUUUCUUGUUUUGUGUUAACUUGUCCAGUGGUGUAGAAAUAUUAAGCCUUAAACUGUUAGAUUGCAUGGGUAAAUUAAAGUUGGCAAAUAAAAAUAAUUUAUCAGACAA